AUGGCGGUGACUGAGAAUGGGAGGCUGAUAGAGAGCAUCAAGGACCGGCCUAAUGGACACGCUGUAGGCCCAGUUGUACGCCGACAGCGUCCUCGCCGACAGGGCUGGAUUUUAUGGCUGUUUAACAAUCUAGCAAGGCUUACAUUCUGGUACGCCCUAUUCACAGUCGUAUUCCGAUGUCCCCCUACACCAAAGCAGCUCACCGAGUCCUCGCCGCACCUAUGCCAAAACUACUUUACUCUCAAGUCGUAUGCACAACCGCAUCUGCAACCAUAUUACGAUGAAUACGCCGCUCCAUAUGUCGCCAAAGCCCAGCCAUAUGCUGAACAAGCGAAUAGACGCAUAAUUCGCCCUGCUUCAGUAUUUGUGAGGGUGAACUACCAUAAGUAUGCUGCGCCUCAGGUCGAAACUGCGCAGAAAUACAUACAAGCGGAACUUGAGAAGUCAAUUGUUCCACAGCUCAAGAAGGCCCAACUCAAGGCUGGACACCUGUAUGACAACAAUCUUGGUCCUCAUGUCAAUAAGGCUGCAAUGCUAGCUGAACCCUACUAUACCACCGUUCGAGAUUCCUCAUACCACACUAUCCAGCAUUACAUACUGCCAGCUGCCCGGUAUUCGCGACCACAUCUGGAAAAUGGAUACCAUGUUACGCAGCGGUUCCUUACAACUACUGCGUACCCGCUAGCUCGGCAUGCUUGGUCAGACCUGGUCAUUUUUGUUGAUGGAACUCUCUGGCCCUUUCUGAAGGGUCUCUAUAUCGACAACGUUAGACCGCAACUGGUUAUGAUCAAUGAGCGGGUGGCGAAGUAUAGAGAGUCAAGGAAGCUGAAAGCUGCUAUGGAUGAAGUUGAUAAGACAUAUUCGACCUCAACUGCUUCUGUAAGCGCAACAGCCAGUACCGCGGUCGACGACGUCUAUGCAUUGUUUGACACCGAUGACGAGACGACAACUUCCACGACUUUGGAUGCCACUGAAGAGUCUGCUGCCACAGUGCAACCACCAGUUCGACCAACCUACAAACAAGCCACUGAAGAGCAGUUGUCAGCCGAUCUCAAACAAUGGCAGGAGAAGUUUGCCGUUGCUGCGGAUAAGGGCGCUGAUGAUCUGCGCGAACGUGUCGGAUCUAUUGUAGAGAGUCUCGUUCAAAGUGACAUAGACGGCUUGGGUCGAGGCCUGGCUACCGCUCUUGAAAAGACGGUUCAGAACGAAAUUGAAAAUGUCAAGGCCAAAAUCAUUGGCGUGGUGGGGAGUGUUCCUGAGGAUGCAAGUCCUGACAAGGUCAGAAAAGCUGCGGAAGAUAUCCUUGGGUCGAUCCGAGCCUCAGGAGCCGAAAUCAAAAGUCGCGCACAAAAAGUGCGCGAUUGGGCCCAGGACUUCGAAACGGGCUUGGAUCAACGCUUGGCCGAUGCUUCUGCUUCUACUUUGGACGUUCUCGAUGGAAUCAAAGACCUUGGACUUCAGGAAGUCGGCAUGCGGUGGUCUUGGAUGGAAGGAGUGACCUACAAGCACUGGGCAAAGUUUCACGCCGUUCGAAACCAGCUAGAUGACUGGAAACAAGAGGUGGAGGAGGUUGUAACGAAAAGCCCUGAAGCAGAGAAAGCCAUCUCCACUGCUCGACAAAUCAUGGAAGAAAGCAUGGCAAUCACCGAGGAUGCGGCCAAAGAGCUGGUAAGACUCAAGGGGGUUGCUCAGUGGAAGCUACGAGCACGAGAUACGACAGACAAUUUCGAGACGAGGAGCAUGCCUGCUGAAGCCGUCUCGGCAGCGUCAAGUCUUGCAGCAGAACUUCAGGGCACCUCCUCCCAAGCAAUCGAGUCCGCCGGCAGUGUAUUGUCUGAGGCAGCCGAUACUGUCGCCAGAGGUAUUUCAUCCGCGUCCUCUGCAGUUAUUGGCAGCAGCACUGGAUCUGUGGAAUCGGCCGCGUCAGCAAUCGAGAACCUGGCAGAUGAUAAUCUCGCAGCCGCGAAGUCAGCAGUUGCGUUCUCGAGCACGGGCUCUCUUGAGUCUGCAGCAUCACAACUCAGUUCUUCCGUUGCUGAUGCGUACGAGUCAGCGUCUUCAGUGGUGACCGGCACAAGUGCCGGUACAGCUCAGUCCAUUGCGUCCGAAGUAAGCGAGUCGGCUUCAAGCUUGGCCAGUGCGGUUCCUGAGGAGUUCGCCUCGCUAACCAGCGCUGCUGCUAGCCAAAGUUCUCCACUGACAGAAUCCAUGGCAGUGACUUCUAGUGACGAGUUAACGUCUGCGGAAUCGAUCUUGGAAAACGUUUCCAGCUCAGCGUCCUCUGUCGCAGACUCAGCGAGUAGCCAGGCCUCGUCUAAAGUUUUCGCGGGUGCGAUGGCUCAAGAAGUAAAGGGCACCGGACCGAUCCUGGACGAUGUCUUUGAUGAUGAUACAGUCUCUGCCUUCUCUGAGAAGGUUCAAGAUAUUGUUAAUAAUGCCGGUGACCGCUACUCCGAAGUCACUCGAGCAGUUUCAGAAGCGAUUUAUGGUACUAAACAAGGGACUGGCGAGAGCAUCACCUCGGUUGCCAGUGAGCAAUACUCCAGUGCUGUUGCAGCCGCGUCAAGCAUUCUCUUCGGGGAGCCCCAGGGAGCUGCCGAGAGCAUCACCAGUGUGGCCUCUGAGAAGUAUGGGCAGGCCGUUGCAGCCGCCAGUGCUGCCAUAUACGGAACUCCGAUGCCCCUAACCGAGUCCAUUCUCCUUCAAGCGAGUUCUCUGUACAGCCAGGCUAUCAGCCGUGCGGAGGAUAACUACAGCGCCGCCAAGUCUGCUGCUUCAAAGCAGAUCUCGGGGACCCCGAAGCCGAUUCAUGAAGAAAUGCUGUCUUCGAUUGAGUCGGCUUAUUCUGGUGCAACCUCAGCAGCUCAUAGUAGGCUUGAAUCUGCUCGGUCCGCACUUCCAUCCAGAUACUCAGCUAUCAGCAGAGUAGCCGCUGGAACUUUACCAACAACCAACCCUCUCGACUCGGUCACAGCAGUGGCCUCUUCUGCCCUACAAGAUUCGUUGGCUGCAGCGUCGGCGCAGUACUCAAAGGCUAAGGCUGCUGUUGGUGCCACUCCUGCCCCAGCACACGAGCGAUAUCUGAGAGAAGCUCGAAAGAACUAUUAUGCGGCCAUUGGAAUGGCGCAUGAGCAAUAUGAUGAUUUUAUCAAGGCGGCUUCCAGCGCUAUCUACGGCGCUCCAAGUCCUGUACUGAGCAGCAUGUCAAGUGCUGCAUCGGUCGCAAUUUAUGGGACCCCCGUUCCGGCGUACCAGAGCCUAUUAGACCUAGCUGCAGCACAGUAUUCGGCAGCUUCGUCAGCAGCGAAAGCGAGUCUCAGUUCCUACCGAUCAUCAGUUAACUCUGCUGCCACACCAGCCCAGAGCUUACUGGACGAAGCACUUGCGGCGUACUCCAGCGCUAUAGAGGUUGCAUCCUCCUCUCUAUCUUCGGCUUCUUACGCUGCCAGCACAGUUGUUUACGGUACUCCCGCCCCUUUCUACCAGAGUGCCUUGGAUCAAGCUUCUUCUUCAUAUGCCGCAGCUUCCUCGGCUGCUGCUUCACACAUGUCCGCAAUGCUAGACUCGGCCUCUUCUGCAGUUAGCGGCAAGAACUCUCCUGCACAAAAUGUCCUGGACGGCAUAUCUUCACAGUACGACGCCGCCAUCGCAGCUGCGUCGUCAUCGUUGUCGUCCGCCAGUCUAGCCGCCAGUACUGCUAUGUACGGUACUCCUACUGGUCCUAUCGAAUCGGUGUCCAGUGUUGCCUCUCAAAAUUGGGAAGCCCUUGUGUCAAAGGCCAGUUCGCAGAUCUACGGUACUCCAAGGCCCUUCUACGACGAACUGGUCGAUCAAGCAAGCGACUAUUCCGCACAAGUGACCAACUUUGCUGGUGACCAAUAUGUGAUAAUUCAAUCAUUUGUGUCCGAACUGAUCGUAGGCAAAGAGCCGGCCUUCACCGAAUCCGUCAUGAACAGGCUCAGUUCGGCUUACUACACGGGCUAUGCGUCGGCUGCCAGCCUCGCCAAUGAUGCCUACGAUUCGGCAUCAUCGAUAGCAUCGAGGGCUGGAACUUAUUUCACCCCAUCUCCAGAGGUCUCGUCGGUCAUUGAUUCAGUCACCGAACAAUUGAACUCAGCAGUGGAUGCUGCAAGCGCUCAGAUUUACGGGACCAAGAAAGGGGUUAUUGAGCAAGCUUCUUCUGCUGCUGCGGAUUCAUAUUCAUCAGCCAGCGCCGCUGUUAGUGAGGCAAUCUAUGGAACUCCCGUUGGUUAUGCAGAAGCCGCGCAGUCUUCGUUCGCCGACAUAGCAAAGAGCGCACAAGACGCCAUCUCUGUAGCUAUCUAUGGUACACCUACGGGCACGGUUGACGCUAUUACCAGCGCUGCUGCCAAUCAGUACUCUUCUGUUUCAUCAGCUGUUGGUGACGGUGUUGCGGCAGCAGUUUCUGUGGUAGGAGACAUACCUGAUCAAGCAGCAAGCGCGGCGGACAACGUGAGAGCGAAGAUCUCGGAGGCCGUAUAUGGUCCUGAACAGGGUGCUCUAGAAAGCGCGCAAUCAAGGAUCGCCGAGGCUGUAGAGAGCGCAAAAAGCGCCAUUGCAGCAAUGGCAAGUGAUGUUGGCGAGAGUGGUGCCAGCAUUGCUGAGGCUGUCAGCAGCAGUGUGGAUGAGAUGGCGAGUGCUGUUAGCAGCACGGUCAGUGACGCCACUCAAUAUGUGAAGGACGAGUUGUGA